CGUGUUCUACAGGGAGAAGAGCUACGAGAUCUUCAGUGGGAGUGCGAUUAGCAGUUCAGCUGGAUAUCACAUCGGCCUGCUGUGAUAGAACGCUGUACACUCGGGCUCGGACUCACAGACUCGAGGUCCGGCUCCAUGGCUUCCCAGAAAGUAAAGAACUGGGGUGUGAAAUCCCUGAAGGGGGUGUGCACGGUGACCGAGGGUUUGAAGAUGCUCUACCGACAGAAGCUGCUUCCCCUGGAAAAGUACUAUGCCUUCUCUGAUUUCCACUCCCCCAGCCUGGAGGAUGCAGACUUCGACAACAAACCCAUGAUCCUGGUGGUGGGUCAGUACUCAACAGGGAAGACUACCUUCAUUAGGUAUCUUCUUGAACAAGGAGACUACCCAGGUGGCAGGAUUGGGGCCGAGCCCACGACAGACUGUUUCACCGCUAUAAUGUACGGGGACAUUCGGCAUAUCAUCCCGGGCAACGCCCUCGUCGUUGACCCCAACAAGCCCUUCCGCAAACUCAGUCUCUUCGGGAGCACCUUUCUGAACCGAUUCCAGUGCGUGCACUUUCCGAACCAAGUCCUGGAGAACGUCAGCAUCAUUGACACGCCAGGAAUUUUAUCCAGCUCUAAGAAAAAGACGAGCAGAGGGUAUGACUUUCCGGCUGUGGUUCAAUGGUUUGCGGCGCACGUGGACCGAAUUGUCCUCCUCUGCGAUGCCCACAAGCUGGACCUCUCGGACGAGUUCUCGCGCACCAUCGCCGCCCUGCGGGGCAACGAGGACAAGCUGCGUGUGGUGCUCAACAAGGCCGACGGCGUGCAGCCGCAGCAGCUCAUGCGCGUGUACGGGGCCCUCAUGUGGUCGCUGGGCAAAGUGUUCCAUACACCCGAAGUCCUAAGGGUCUACAUCGGCUCCUUCUGGUCGGCGCCGCUCAGGGCGGCAGACAACCGGAGGCUGUUUGAGCGUGAGGAGAAAGAUUUGUUUGCCGAUAUCCAGAACCUGCCCCGCAACUCUGCCCUGAGAAAGCUUAACGACCUGGUAAAGAGGGCGCGCCUUGUAAGGGCCCACGCUUACAUCAUCAGUGCCCUGAAGGAGGAGAUGCCCCUUGUCUUCUGGCGAAACCACAAAAAACGGGAUCUGAUUUACGACCUUCCGCAGCUCUUCUCAAGGAUCCAGCAGCGGCAUCAGCUCUCGCCCGGGGAUUUCCCCGACUGCGCAACGAUGCAGGAGGAGCUCAUGAAUCACAACUUCACCAGAUUUAAUGCCCUGAAGCCCAAGCUCUUGGCAGCUUUGGAUGAGCUCCUGACCACCGACAUCGCCAAGCUGAUGCCUCUUCUGUGCAAAGAGGAGCUGGAGGCAGGGGACCAGCCCGGGGCGCCAGGUGGCGCCCUGCUGGGGUCCAGCGAGGAACUGUUUAUGGAACUGAACCCCCUCUGUCACGCAGAGCCCUACGGCGCACGCGAGGAGCCCUCCGACGACAGCUGGGUGGUCUCCAGGGACAAGCCGAAGUACGACGAAAUCUUCUACAACCUGUCUCCCCAUCAGGGCAAGCUGAGCGGCACCAAGGUGAAGGACUGGAUGCUUGGCACGCGGCUGCCGAGCUCGGUCCUGGGCCGGAUCUGGAGGCUGUCGGAUGUGGACCGUGAUGGCCUGCUGGACGACGAGGAGUUCGCUCUGGCCAGCCACCUGAUCGAGGUGAAGCUGGAGGGCUUCGGACUGCCGCCGGUGCUCCCCGCCCACCUUGUGCCGCCGUCCAAGAGGAGACGCAGACCGUCAAAUGCAGAGAACAGAGAGGACUGUGGGGGUGCAUAGGGACUUUUAUUAACCUCCAUGUUAUUUCAGUCAGUUGAACUUUAGCUGAGAAGGUGUUGCUCUUUUAUGUCCCCAAGAACGCACUUAAAGGAAUACUCAUUGGUAAAAAAAAAAAGAAAAAAAGAUUGCAGCUCCUAGCUCUGAGCCAUACUUAACCUUUGCAGGGUCCUUUACAUGCUCUUUAGCGCGAGAAACUAAAGUAAUUACAGAUAUGAUCUAAUUACAGUUAUUAUGCACGCCCGUACGAGCCAAAUCACUCGUUACCAUGGUGAAAGUUUCUUCUUGAUUUCCUGUAGUUUUCUUGCAUGAUUUCGUUUAUUUCAUUAUUGAAAAGUGUAUUCAUUUUUUUUUUUUUUGCUUUUAUUGUAAAAUAGUGUGGGACCACACAUUGAUCAAAGCCAGAGUUUCUUUCCGAAAAAAGCAGCAAUGCAGUCCAGCAGAAGAGCCAAAGAUGCUAGCUAUUUCAAGAUGGUGCACAGCAGACCUUCUUGUUGCACCAGGCACUGCUUGUAGGCUACAUGUUCACUUUCAGUAGCAGCAUUCUAUCAGUAAAUAACUAAGAAAUUAUGCUCAGUAAACGACAUGCAUGUGGCAGUACUUCCGAGGCCAGAGAAGUGUAAAUUGUGCCGCGGAAUGGCAUUAAAAUACAGUGUGGUUUUAAAUGACUUGUUUAUAAAUUCUAU